AUGCGCCGUGCGCCGCCGGGCCGGGAGGCGGGCGGGGAGGCAGCGCGCAGCACUCGGGUCCCCUUCCUGCACCCAGCCGCCAGUUGCCGGUUGCUAAGCAGUUAUCAUUGUUUCUGUGGCGAUUGCAGAGGCUGUUGCUAAUUGGAGAAGCCCCACUAAGCAGCAGCAUCUUUUCUCUUCUGAGCCUCUAUCUGCUCUUUGCAUUUAAAGAGCAAACUAGGGAGGUCUACCCAAUCUCCCUCCCCCACCUCCCCAAAAUAGCCUUGUGAUUUCGGGAAGUAUGGACUAAAAUCACACUCCUCCUCACCUUGCCGCUUGGACUCUGGUGGCUCCCAACUCACCGUCAGAUCCCACCUGCCCCAGUGGUGGGGAGCGACUGGACGGAUCAUGACUACAGCCAAGGAGUCAAGCGCUUCAGGGAAAUCCGUGCAGCAGCAGGAACAGGAGCUGGUGGGGAGUAAUCCUCCACAAAGAAAUUGGAAAGGAAUAGCGAUCGCCCUGCUUGUUAUUCUGGUCAUCUGCUCAUUGAUUGUCACCUCGGUCAUACUUCUGACACCAGCGGAAGAUAAUAGUUUGUCUCAAAAGAAGAAGGUCACUGUGGAAGAUCUCUUCAGUGAAGAUUUCAAAAUUCAUGACCCUGAGGCUAAGUGGAUAAGUGAUACUGAAUUCAUCUACAGAGAACAGAAAGGAACAGUGAGACUGUGGAAUGUCGAAACAAAUAUUUCUAGUGUCUUAAUAGAAGGCAAAAAAAUUGAAUCAUUAAGAGCCAUCAGAUAUGAAAUAUCUCCAGAUAAAGAAUAUGCACUUUUUUCAUAUAAUGUGGAACCAAUAUAUCAACACUCCUAUACUGGAUAUUAUGUCCUGAGCAAACUUCCUCAUGGGGAUCCUCAGAGUCUGGACCCACCUGAAGUCAGCAAUGCAAAACUUCAGUAUGCAGGAUGGGGCCCAAAAGGCCAACAGCUGGGGUUUCCUAAUCCAUCAAAUGGCCAUCACACUGCUGUAGACAACUUUCUCAGCCUUCUGCUGAGCUGUGACAGCCCAGUGCCCACAGCUUUAGGAGAGGUGAAGGUAGUUCUGGAAGGCUUCCUGCAGGAGAUGGGGCAGACCUGGGCUCUGCAGAGCAAGAAAAGGCAUCAAAGAAAGGGAACUUCGAGGCAAGCUGUGCAGCAGCAGGAAGCUGAGUGGUUGGGGCACCUGUCCGGCAUAGGAGGUGAUCGGCCCCAAGUUAGGUGGCCCUGUGUGGAAAUGAAUUUCUGCAGAUACCCUGGAGAGACGCGAGACCUCAGCCAGGCUCUCCAGGUGAAUGAGGUGUCCAGAGACCUCACCAUGAGGCAGUUCAUGGUCCAGCCCUUGUCCAGGGGCUCAGAUAUGACCAUGAACAUUUAA